UACUGUACGUAAAGUGCGCCAAUGCUACCUCGCAGUUGGUAACGCUAACAGCAAAUCCUCCCGUUCCUGUAGUGCGCGCGAGUUGAGAGAGGCAGAACCCUCGCCCUCAUAACGGCGUCGCGCGCCAUUCAUACAAACGAUAAAUUAAUUGGGAUUCGGCUGAAUAGCAUAUUAUUUGUAACAGCGAUGCGAAACUGGGAGAUAACACCAGCCGAAAUUUCGGUCAUCGGCGGCGCCGGCAAUCCCGCGGCAAGAGCCCGCUCAUCGCAUGGUGUAGUUUUGGUUACGUGGUUGCGAAAUGAAUAGUACCUCUGACUCUACAUGCGGUGCAAACGAAAAGCGCCCGAAGCUUAUUGUGUUUGAUUUAGACUACACAUUGUGGCCUAUGUAUGUGGAUACACAUGUCACACCUCCAUUUAAGAAAGUCAAUGGUAAGAUCACUGACAAACAUGGCCGAAAGGUUUGCGCAUAUCCAGAUGUCCCAGCAAUGCUGGAAAGCCUCAAGUCCCAAAAGUACCAAAUGGGGUUGGCAUCAAGGACUGAUGACCCGGAUGCAGCGAAGGAGCUUCUAACAUUACUCGAUUGGAAUAAGUACUUUCCCUAUCAGGAAAUUUACCCUGGCUGCAAAGUGACCCACUUCACGAAGUUUGCGCAGCGAACAGGUUUUUCUUACAAGCAUAUGCUGUUUUUUGAUGACGAGAUGCGAAACAUCACUGAUGUCUCUAAGCUUGGUGUCACAUGUGUCCACGCAAAAGAUGGAAUGUCUCGGGAAGUUCUUGAUGAAGGUCUUAGAAGAUUUGGAAGUGAAACAUGAAUUGCAGGGUCACCUUGGCCUAAUCCACAGACUUGUACAUUUAGAAUAAAGCCGGCAAGCUAUGAAAAA